AUGAGAGGAAGAAGAUCCUUCUUUACCAGAGCCUUGUUAGAUGAUAACAACUCGGAUAGUAGUAGCAAUAGUGAUGAUUCACCAUCAGAAGAACCUAGUAGUAAUACAAUAUUUGAUCCGAAUAGUGAUGAAAAAUUAUCCUUUACACAGGACGAUGAUCAGGAAAUGACUGUAAGAUCAAACAUUCCAUUCUCUGGUGAAAAAUUGAUUGACUACUUUGAGAUUCAAAUCAAUUCCCUUAACGAAAGAGCAUGUUCGGUUGUGAUCGGUUUGACCGAUGAGAAAGCUGAUUUUGUCCCUACUAGAUAUCCAGGAUUUGAAUAUAAUUCAUUUGGUUUGAAUGGAAUGGAUGUCUCCCUUCAUUCAAAAAAAGAGGAGAUUAAGGGAAUAUUCUCUUCAUUUACUUUUAAUUUGGAAUCGAUGAAUGCAUUGGAAGAAAAAAUUAUCAAUCAAAAUCUAGAAAGAGUUGCACUCUUUGACGAGGAAAAAUCAGAUGGAAAUGAGCUGAACAACCUUAUAAGAGAUUACUUAUUUUAUAUGGGUUACAGUGAGACUCUAAAAACAUUUGAGCAAUCUGCUACUUUGGAACAAUGUAAUAAUGAAUUUUGUGAAUAUAGAAAGAAAAUUUGUAAAUUAAUUGAGCUAGGAAACUCUCAAGCUGCAUAUACUUUAAUUUGUGAGCAAAACCCAAACUGCUUUGAGAAGCAUGAAGAUGUAAAAAUAAGAAUCCUAUGUCAAAUUGUAACAGAAUUACUUCAACAAAACAAAUUGCUUGAGGCUCUUCAAUUUUCAAGAGAUAAUCUGUCACAAUUUUUGAUUCCAAAUAACUCUCAGAAAAAGCCACUCAAUGAGAAAAUUCAAUCUCUUAUCAUGGAAACCCUUGGAUUAUUUGCUUUUUCAGAUCUUUCUUCUUGCUCAUUUUCACAUCUUUUGGAACAAGAAAAGAGAAAUGAAUUAGCUUUUGAAGUGAAUCAAAUGUUAUUGAAAGAAUCAGGAUAUCAGAAGAAAUAUUCUUCUAUUGAGACCUGUUAUAGACAAUUAAGUGCUGUAAGAAAUACUCUUUUAAAUACUGGAUCGGGAAAACUCUUCAACUUCUAA